AGACCCUAAAGCUUUUCCGGACCCAACCCAUCAGCACCGUCACACCACUCUCAUCUGACAGCUUGCGCGUCAACCGUCAUCACGACCUCACACCACGACCACCUUAUCGACACGACUCCACUCUGAUCCACGCACCAAGAAGUUUUCGUACCCACACCUCCGGGGCCUUCUGCCGAUCUCCCAGUAGCCAACGCUCUUGGCAUUAUCAACUGGUAUAUCUAUCAGGGCGACACCCCCGCAUUAUCGGGCUUCCAGCUUUCCAAUCGCCAAUAUCAGGAAAAUACCAAACUAUACAACACCAUGGCACCCGCAAGACCCACUCUAUGCAGAAAUGAAUCGAUGCAAAAGUACAUGCUGCUAUCGGCCCAGAAGGAAGCACUCCAGCGUCGCAUGGCUCUAGAGAUUCCCUUCAAUGCACCCAUGUCAGCGACCUCACCAGAGUUCCAAUCCCUGUCCUCGUCGCCUACCUGGUCCCCAAAAUACGCCCCGCCAUAUCCCGCAGCCAGCGAUCCAGUCCCAGUCAGCUCUCGGACUAGCGGAGCACCACGCAACAGUAUUGACGACAUGCAUACGGAAAGAGUCGCACAAGCUCGCCGAGAUUAAUCAUCAAAUCGUCGCUACCCUCACCGAACUCAUGAAUACGGAAUGCAUCCGUAAUGACGAGAAGCAGCGUGCCUGGGUCCAAUCACGCCUGAUGGAAGCCGAACACCAAAUACGUCGUGAGCGCCGUCGUCACUCCUCAACUGUCAGCAGUGAUUUUGCGUUAGCCAUAGCCCAGCAUCUCGAGCUGGGUCUCAACACCUCAAAGACAUGGGCGUAAAACCUUACAGUUGCACGUUUUGGUUUUGAUUGGUUUCCUCAUCGAUUUAUGGUUCUACGACAUGACGGUUCAUCAUAUUUGCGAUUAGGCUUCUUUGGUCGUUUUAGCUUUGGGUAAACAUGGCGCAAUCGGUUCUUCUGAAAUGAAGUGCUCAAAUCAGGAAAGGAAGGAAGACAGGAGACAGUGGAAACAAAAAAAAGAUACCCCAUCGCAGUUGCUCAAGCAUCAGCGGCAACAACUACAUCAACGGAACUGGCUAGCUCCACCAUGUAGCGAAAUCGUAUUUUUAGUUUUCUUCGUGAACAAACCUCAAGCUUGUCCUCAUCUGCACCCCGCAUUCACCUCCUCACCUCUCUGCAUCCACAAACAAUGGCCUGUCGCUGCGGGGCUACGCGUCCCAUUCGCCGCAUGAUACUAGGUUCCCCC